ACUUUGUAUUAGAGCUGCUGGGAGAUUGUGACACAGUGGUGCGAGCCCUGCGCCAAACGAUCGAGUGCGCUAAGUGCUCCCAACCGGCACGUAAACGGCAUAGAGCACGCAAGACGAUAACAGGAAGUUCGGCAAAUGACGGUGAGAUGCUAAUUCAUGCACCUACAGCAAAGGAUAACGUCCUUGUGAUCACGGCUAUGGGAGACCGACUGAAGGAUGAAAAGGAAGCGACGUUGCCGUUCAAGGCAGCCGAUGGUCUGUCCUGUUGUGUAUGCGGAGGGGAGGCUGGUAUCAAUAGGGAGAUUGCAAUUGUGGCAUAUCAAGGGGGACAUGCAGUGCAGCUGUAG